AAUAUACUAGUCUUUUAAUCAAUGCAGUCCACUGCUUGAGAGUAAUUCACUUAUUACCAGUGUGACAUAGUAAGGUACUGUCAUUGAAGAGAUAGUCCAUUGCUGGUGAAUAUUCAAUUAUUCAUAAAUACCUAACAUAUUAUAGUGCUGCCCUCUUUUAGCCAAAUUCAACCAACUGAAUACACAAUAAAUUAACUUGUAGUUAAACCCAGAGUCCCAUCUAUUUUUAAUGUAGUGAUUUGACAUCGGCCCUUUCAGUGAUAAAACUAGGUCAGGUCAUUACAAUUUGGUGUCAGAAGUGGUGAUCUCUUAUUGUGUCAUAUUUUAGUGAACAUAAAACAAGCAUUUUACAUAAUCCAAAAUAUCGUAAAAAUGGCGUCGCGAAGUACAAGUCCGGAGAAUAGCCUAGUCGGUGAUUCCGGGAGUAUCCAGUCUCCUCCUGCAUCAGGUGAGGAGACUGUCAAAAAAGUUCAUAUAACUGACGAUGACGUGUCAAUGGACAUUCCUGCUAGUCAAACAACCGGCGCUAUCGCCAAAGACAGCGGUGUGAAUACAAUGAUUGAUACGCAGGUUUCGUCAGAUCCACAUCCAAUUCUCAAUCCAGUCAUUUCAUUGCCUGAUACAAUUAAAUGGUCUGAACCAACUACAUCGUAUGAAACAAUCGGUGGCGCGCGUCCAAAGAAUGCAAAAUUUGAUGACGUUCGAACCAAAUUGACUUUCGGAGAAUCUAAAAGGGAAUCGCCUUUUGAACAAAUCAAAUCAAAUCUCCCGAUACCAAGAAAUGAUCAAUAUUUCGGAAAUCAGUUUCCUGAUCCCAUACAAACUGAAGAGGUCACUCCAUCGCGUCCCCGUCUUAGGCGUCAAGGUCGCAUAUAUGUACCACCUCAUGCUCAAUAUGAUCAACGUGACCCUCAGAUUAGACUAAAUCAACCACCUCAGUCAUUUGAACAUCAGCAAUUUGCUCCUUCACGUUUUUCUACCGGAUCAUAUGCCCCUCCUUGGGACUAUGCCGAUAUGUACGGACCUCAAAUGUAUGGUUAUCAUGAUCCUCAUUCAAUGUAUAGACCGCGAUUUCCUCCUCCAUUGCAUCCUGGGUUUGCUCAUGCCAUGGGUGGAUUUCCUCCAUCUAUGCCAUUUCCAAACUAUUCUGGUUCAGCGCCACCUUUCAAUGUUCAAAAUAUUCCUAUGAACAUGCGCG